UGGCAGAAAACCCCACUCAUAUACUCUCCGAAACUAUCAGAAAUCACAGGGGCAUCUAUCUACCUCAAACUUGAGAAUCUGCAGCCUUCAUAUUCGUUCAAAUAUCGUGGAAUCUCUCACUUUAUCAAGAAGGCAAAAGAGAAUCAUGGCCCAUCUAUCCACCUGAUUAUAGCUUCUGGUGGAAAUGCCGGACUAGCUGCGGCGUGCGCUGCACACACGCUGGACGUUAAGUGCAGUGUGGUCCUUCCCGAAGGCGUGGCCGAAAGCACCCUAGAUUUUUUGCAGCGAGAGAAAGCACACGUUAUCGUAGCUGGGAAGCACUACGCAGAGGCUUUGCAAUUGGCACAGAAACUUGUGCGGGAUGAUGACAACGCGAUCCUUGUUCCCGCAUACGAUGAACCCCUACUAUGGGAAGGACAUAGCUCCAUGAUUACGGAGAUCAAGAACGAGCUGGGGGUAAAACCCGACGCUAUCUUCUGCAGUGUCGGGGGUGGAGGCCUUCUGGGAGGGAUCAUCGUCGGCUGCAAGAACGAGAAUUGGGAUGAUGUGCCUAUUAUUGGAUUGGAAACAAUAGGCUCGGAUUGUUUUCACCACUCUCUUUCUCUCAACCGUACACCAGGCCAUGUCGGCGAGAAAAAGUUGCCCCCUGGAGUAGAUGCGUCGAGCUCACUGGGAGCUUCGCAGCCGUCGGUAGGCGUGAUGAAGAUGGCAUUAGAAAGAACUGGGGGAAUCAAAUCAAUCAGUGUGCCAGAUGAACUCAGCAUGAGUACCCUGGCAUUAUUUGCAAAUGAUCAUAAAUUCCUUGUCGAACUGGCAUGCUCCACGACGCUUGUCCCCGCGUAUCAUAAACCCUUGUUCGACAAAUUAGUGCCUCUUUCGGACGCAGGCGAAGGCAUCAAGCGUGUGGCGGUAUUCGUUGUUUGCGGGGGUUUCAAGGUGUCCUUGACUGACGUGGCCGAAUAUCAAAAA